AUGAUUCAAGAGAUUCGUGAUCUUGUCAUCAGCCAAGCCAUUGGACAAUCCUCGGUCGGCCAGAGACGUCCUGAUUCAAAAACAGAAAUUACAGAUCUCCAAUUCCUCGGCUACGGCCCAGUACCUAUCAACGUUUCGAAAAAGAGUUCAAUAGCUAUAAGCAAAGAUGCGCCCGUUGAAAAUCAAGAAUUGGAAAAUGAAGCCAGGGGACCAUCGAUUAGCCCCGAAUUAUUGACCGAUAACAACGAAGACUCGGACAGUGAGGGCGGAGGCGUUUCCAUUCAUGCCUGGAUGCAUUGA